AUGUCUUUUGAUGAUACAGCUUCUGAUGAAGAUUUUGACCUGCAAUAUUUAAUUACUUUCAAACAUAACUACUACAGUGAACUGAUAAUUGAUCAUGAACUAGUAAGAGUUACUGUAAAUGCAAUAAAUGAAGAACAAGAAUUCAUGGAAGAAUCAGACGAAGAUACAAAUAUAGAAGUGAGCACUGGAAGGGGAUAUACAACACUUCCCUAUGAACUUCAACUAGGCAUCAUAUUACCACUUUCGCUCUUUCAGUUAUUUUUUACCAAUGAGCAGUUGUGUUUAAUAGUCGAGAACACUAAUAUAUACAAGCAAGUAAAGGGUAGGGUAGGUGGUCAGGUUUGGAAUCUGUUAACUUUGAAUGAACUGAAGAUUUGGCUUGGACUGAUAAUUUAUAUGGGAGUUCAUCAUAUUAAUGCGAUGAAUGAUUUGUGGAAUCGAGAUGAUAAAAAGGUCAAACUUAUCCACACUGGUACUCAAAGGUAA